AUGUCACUUGAGUUAGGUCACACCGUCUCGGGCGCUCCGAAUUUCAUGUAAAAUUCUGAAUUAAUUUGUUAUUUUUUGAUCCGCUUAAGCUUUAAACUUUUUGUUUUUAAUAAAUUAAAUUCAAAAUCUUCUUGGUCUCGAAAAUAAGAAAACGAAAAUUAAAAGAAAAACAAACAAAAACUAUGAAUAAUGUUGCUGUGCAAGAUUGGACAAAAGAACAGGUCGUCAUCUGGGCACGAGAUGAAGAAAAUCUCAGUGCGUUUGUCACGGCUUGUCUGGAUUCGGAAGAAAUCGAUGGCCGAACUCUGCUCGCUCUAACCGAAAAUGAUAUUAGGGAUCUCCGCUACAGACUCAAUUAUCAAUUAAAGUUUAGUGACAUUAAAAAACUAUGGAUAUCGGUGCGGAAUCUCCAGCGCAACAACAUAUAUCUCAUCAAAUUUUUGGGAGGUGGUGUUGACGAUGCACGAUUGAUGGAUGGGCCACAUCCAAUGACACAAGGAAUCGGACACAAUAGGAAUAUUUGCUGUGGCGGUGGGGUCGGUGGAAGUGCACAUCUCCAUUGUGCUGGCUCAUCGACAUAUGGAUCAUUUGAUGGAUCGCACAAUCAUCAAUUAAAUGACAGUGAACGGAUAUCGCCACCACUUUCGGUGGACGGCAGGGCGACAAACAUUCCUCCGGAGUUCUUCAAAACAGCCAUGAGCUUAGGUUAUUCUUUCCUCGUUACAUGGAUAACUUCAUUUGUGAUGGUCAUAGUACACGAACGAGUUCCCGAUAUGAAACGUUAUCCACCCCUACCAGAUAUUUUUCUCGAUAAUGUUCCACACAUACCUUGGGCCUUUCAUAUGUGCGAAAUAACCGGAACCCUCCUGUUUAGCAUUUGGAGUUGUGUUUGCAUAUUUCACAAAUAUCGAAUGGUGCUGUUGCGUCGUUUUUUUGCCCUAGCCGGAACUGUGUUCCUACUUCGCUGUGUUACCAUGUUGAUAACAUCGUUGAGUGUGCCAGGAACACAUUUGCAAUGUAAUCAAAAUGAUUACAAAGUUGAUGACAACAACUUAACUCUAACGGAAGCCGUCUCUCUUCGAAUAUCCCGAGCAUACACUAUAUGGAGUGGCCUGGGAAUGUCCAUUCAAGGUGUACGAACAUGCGGGGAUUAUAUGUUUAGUGGACAUACAGUGGCCUUAACACUAUUAAAUUUUUUCAUAACUGAAUAUACUCCAAGAAACCUUUAUUUUCUACACACAUUGACAUGGCUUCUUAACAUGUUUGGAAUAUUUUUCAUCUUAGCCGCACACGAGCAUUAUUCAAUUGAUGUUUUUGUUGCGUUUUAUAUAACAUCGCGUCUAUUUCUGUACUAUCAUACUCUAGCUAAUAAUCAGGCUCUAAUGUCCAGGGAUUCAAAUCGGACACGAAUUUGGUUUCCAAUGUUUAGCUACUUCGAAAAUUCAGUUGAUGGCAUUAUUCCAAAUGAAUUCGAUACAAUUGGUACACUGUGCUCGAAAACGUUUAACUGUAUCGUUUGUGUCAAGGAUUCAUGUAUGCUAACCACACGACGUAUUUGGCUACAUCCACCCUAUCUCGAAGCCAUACAAAAGAAUCUCACCAGUGUAGUUGGGGGAACAGAUACAAAUUCCAAAGUAAAAAUAGCACAAACCUCAUCAACAGCAUCUUCCAAUUCAAUUGGUAGGACAAUGAAUCAAUCAACACAUCAUCAUGAAAGCCACGAUAACAGUCCUUCGUCGUCCCCGCCAAAAGAAAAUCAUCAAACUGGAAAUGCGCUUCCAAAGAGUGUCAACCGACCGACUCAACCAUUGAUACCAAGUGAAUCCCGAGUCAAAAAAAUCAUCUAGCUUCUUAUUAUUAUGCAGUAGUAUUACUAUUUUUUCUUUUUAGUUUAAGUUUUUUCUUUUAUUUUUUUUUAAUCAUUCCAAAUUAAAGAAUUUGAAAUUCAAAAAAAAAAAACAUUUUUCAUCAUAAAACAACAUAUUUUUUUUUUAAAUAAUAAAAAUAAUCUAUUUAUUCAGCUAGCAUAGAAUUUAUAUUGCCUUUUACAUAUAAAAUAUGAUUAAAAAUGUAGAUUUUUGUAAAUUGAGCGAACGAGUUUGGAAAAAUAUAAAAUUAGUUUAAAUAUAAUAAUUAUUUAAUGUACAACAUAAAACGAAAUCAAAACACCAUUCGAUAUUUUGAAUUGAUUUUUUGGAGAAAAGACUAACUGAGUACUUCUCGAAAAAGUAUUUUUGUUAGUCUCUUUGAAGUGGUGGUAUCGAAGUUUGUAAAUUUCCUUGUGAACUAUACUAAACAGAGAUUAAAGAGCUUACAAUCUAAAAUUUAA